AUGGCGUCCUCAGACCUGGAAGAUUUAUGCUUUCACAUCAACGUGAAGAUUUCAACUAUUAAAAAGACUCUUCAAUUAAGAAACAUAGGUCAAGAACCAUCCCUCAAAUCUAUGCUCUGUAAAAUAGGACAUGAGAUGGUUCUUUUGCAAGAUCUCCUGAGUAAAAUGGAAACCGAAGUUCAACAGCAAGAAAAAUUGAAGAAUUUGCUAAAAGAGCUCCAGAAGUCCGCUGAGAGAGAUCAAAGUGAAGCACAGCACCUCCGCGACAACAUUCCUCCCCAUCUGCCUAAACCAACUCAGAGCUGCGUCACUGGGCUAACUGUGAAAUGUGAAGAACAAACAAAAGUUGUGGAACCUGAACGUGCAAAGAAACCUACAAAAGAGCCAAGACAUAUUAAAGAAGCGCCCUUAAUAACUGCGGAAGAAUUUGAAAAUGUUCCUACGUAUAUGAAAGGUCGUUUAACAUAUGAUCAGAUUAAUGCAGUUGUUCAAGAUAUGAACAAGGCUGUGGUGGGCAAGUACAAGAUCUUGCAUCAGCCUUUGAAAUCUAUGAAUGGAGCAGUCAGAAAUCUCUACCACAGGUUCCUGGAAGAAGAAACUAAGGAUACGAAAGGUGAAUUUUUUAUUGUGGAGGCUGAUAUCAAAGAGUUCACUCAACUGAAAGUGGAUAAGCGCUUCCAUAGCAUCCUCAAUAUCCUGCGCCACUGCCAGAGGGUGAGAGAAGUUCGUGGCUCAAGACUUGUCCGUUACGUCAUCUGCUAA